AUUUGGUUCGCGCGUUUCAUAGAAACCAAAAUUCACCUUCUCUCAGCCAACAACACAAACUCACUCUCACUCGCCUCGACUCGGACUCGGAGCACUCGGAAGCCACUCAACUCCCUGGCUCGGUCCCCCGCCAAUGUCGACGAUAAUGACUGCCAGGCCCACUCUCUCCGGUGGUCCUUCCUUCGGAUCGCCGAGCUCCACCGCCACCUCCCGCCGUCGGACCAAAUUCAGGCACCCGGCGGUGAGAAUGCAGCAGACGCGAUUCCACACUCUGAUCCAGGAGCAGGGGACCGUGCUGAUGCCGGGCUGCUACGACGCUCUCUCCGCCGCCAUUGUCCAGAAAACCGGAUUCAGUGCUGGUUUCAUCUCCGGCUACGCUCUCUCCGCUUCUCUCCUCGGCAAGCCCGACUUCGGCCUGCUCACGCCGCCGGAAAUGGCUGCUGCUGCUAGAACGGUUUGCUCUGCGGCCUCGCUCAUACCGAUCAUCGCCGAUGCGGAUACUGGUGGGGGAAAUGCUCUCAAUGUGCAGAGAACAAUCAAGGACUUGAUUGCAGCUGGUGCUGCUGGAUGCUUUCUGGAGGAUCAAGCAUGGCCGAAGAGGUGUGGUAAGCGACCUUGCCCUUCGCGGCAUAUGCGUGGCAAACAGGUUAUACCAGCAGAGGAGCAUGCUGCUAAAAUUGCCUCUGCCAGGGAUGCUAUAGGGGAUGCAGAUUUCUUCCUUGUGGCCAGGACUGAUGCCCGUGCAACAUCAGCGAAAACAGGUCUUUCGGAUGCCAUUGCAAGGGCCAAUCUGUAUAUGGAGGCAGGAGCUGAUGCAUCUUUUGUGGAGGCGCCAAGGAACGACGAGGAACUCAAGGAGAUUGCACGAAGAACGAACGGGUAUAGGGUAUGCAACAUGCUUGAAGGAGGGGUCACUCCCUUGCACACUCCUGAAGAGCUCAAGGCAAUGGGGUUCCAUUUGAUUGUGCACCCACUAACCUCGCUCUACGCCUCAGCUCGUGCGUUGAUUGAUGUGUUGAAGACCCUGAAGGAGAAAGGCACCACAAGAGACGAACUCGACAAGAUGGCUACUUUUAAGGAAUUCAAUGAAUUGGUUGAAUUGGAGUCCUGGUUCGAUCUGGAGUCGAAAUACGCUGGUAUGAAGAAUGUUACUACUGCAGUUAGAACAUGACCAGCAGGGUAGGAGUAAUAAACCUCUCCUCCAGCCGUCCAAGGAGGACUUGUCUUCUAAGCUCUGUACUUUGAACUUACAAAACAAAUAAAUUAGCUUUCGUUUAUUUUGAUUGAAGUAUUAAGUAGUACUGAAUCCCCCUUAGCAACUUUGAACAUGAUGCAACGCUAGAGGAAAGGUUGCAGAGAAACCAUAGAUACACAGGAUUGCGGUGGAUGAUUGAGGAUGACCUUCUACCACCCUUCUUUGGAAGCAGAACAGGGCCUCAAAGACCAAGAAUGUGUGAUCGAUUGCUGAGACGUGAGCCCCGUGUUUGCUGCUGAUAAGUGGCCAAAGGUAUCGUAUUGCGUCGGUGCAAACAAAAUGGUUGGCCGUGGUCUUUACUUUGGCUUCGAGCUUCUCGGACUCAAUGGUCUCACUGAAGGUGCUGCAAAUCUCCAUUAUUGGUCACCAAAUCACACCCCCAUUUCAUCAGGUUGUGCAGAGGAGAAGUGCAAAUGCAUGGGGCCUAUCUGUCUGAUUGAUGGCUCAGGGAAGAAGCAGUGCAGCCAUGGCCACCAUGGCUGUGCUACUUCUGCUGCAGUUGACUCAUCCCAGCAAGCAAGCCUACGCAACAACUUACUUGGUUGGUGGGUCUGGCGGCUGGACUUUCAAUCUGGACUCCUGGCCUAAAGGGAAGACCUUCAAAGCUGGGGAUACCCUCUUGUUCAAGUACGAUCCGACGGUCCAUAACGUGGUGGCGGUGGACAAGGGAGGGUAUGGAAGCUGCAGGACACCGGCUGGUGCCAGAGUGUACAAGACAGGGAAAGAUCUGAUUCAGCUGAAGAAGGGAUUCAAUUACUUCAUCUGCAACUUCCCUGGGCACUGCGAGUCUGGAAUGAAGAUUGCCGUCAAUGCCUCUUAAUUAGUUUAAGGACUUUGGUCUGCUGCAGUAAUAAUUUGUGGUGCAAUGAACUUGUGUUUUUCAUGUGUUGGCUGUGUGUGGGGAUUAUGAGGAGACUGAGAUGUACUGGUUUCUGGUCUGUAAGCACAUUAAAGUGAGUUCUUGGUGCUGGUUUUAACUUUUAAGUCAUCUGAAUAUUAUAAGCUGUGCCCUUUUAACAUCUUUAGUUACGCCAUCAAUUGUUUUUAAGUACUGAAUCAAGUAAUUAAGGUAAGGAGAAUAACAAAAACUUCAAUGUUAUUAUGGGGUGUUUGUUUUCAACUAACGGGGCACUCAUGAUAUGAUGAGGUUUUGUAUACGGAAAGUUUGAAAUGCGGCCAU